AUGCCUUCCCUUUCACAUGGAGCAGUCUUGUCCGCCAUAGCUGGCAUGCUGGUCAUGGAUGGUGGCUCCAAGAUGAUGGCAGAACUUCUCGGGCAUCCCUUCGCGCGUGCAGCUUGGGGUUGGUCGAGUCCUUCGCCGCCGCCACCCAUGAUGCCCAGCCCCAGUCCGACCCCAACCCCAACCCCAACACCGCCCCCACCACCCCCGCCACCUCCUCCGCCCAGCUGCGGCACGUGGGCAAAUUGGGGCUCGUGCUCCGCAACCUGUGGCACCGGCACCCGCAUGCGAUCUCGUGGAGGCGGCUGUGCGCCGUUCUCCGAGUCAGAUUCCUGCUUUGUCACGCAGUGCAUCUGUGAGGAUUGGACACAGUGGGGCACGUGCUCGGCCAGCUGUGGUGGCGGAGCUCGUUCAAGGUCGCGGACAGGUGCUUGCCAAUCUUUCACGGAAUCCGGGGCUUGCAGCCAGACAGCAUGCCCAGUCCCGGCCCCGCCUCCUCCAAGCUGUGGUGUGUGGAGCGACUGGUCCGCCUGCAGCGCGAGCUGCGAUGGAGGGACGCGCUCCCGCUCUCGCUCAGGGUCGGGGUGUAGCUCCACCGUUGACUCCGAGGCUUGUGGUGUGGAGGCUUGUCCCAACUCUGCGUCCUCCCUGCAGUGUGGCACCUGGCAGCCCUGGGGCCCAUGCACCCCCACGUGCGGAGCUGCCACUCGCAUGCGCACCCGCGGCGGUGAGUGCCAGCCCUUUGUAGAGUCCGAGGCCUGUGCCUUCUCGAACUGCCCUGCACCCACACCCCGGCCGACCCCCACACCCACUCCGACGCCAACACCGAGCCCUACGCCUGCCACGACCACCCCCACCACCACGACCACCGUGACCACCGCCGUGUCCGGCACCAGCCCUUCUCCCUCUCCAACCCCAAGCCCCUCCGUGUCGCCGAGCAGCGCACGUGCGUCGGUUGUGGAGGUGAGGGUCCGCAUUCCCGCUAACUUUGAGGAAGCCAGCCGCGACAUUGACGGCUUCCGGUCAAGUUUCAAAACUGGUGUGGCGGAGGCGGCUGGCAUUUCGGAAGACCGCGUCAUUGUACGAGAGAUCUCUCAAGGAUCCAUCGUCGUAGACUUCGUGGUGGUUGGCGCGCGAAAACCAGAUGAAAGAGCUGCCUCCAUGGCUGUGCAGGAAGUGGAGACGAAGAUGCGGGACGCAACCUAUAGCUGGCCUGCUUCCAUCCAGACCAUCAUGGCUUCCGGUGCCCAAGUCGAGUCCCGCGCCACCCGUGACAUGGACCAGGAGCAGCUGGACACCAUGGCCGUGCAGGCGUCUGGAACUGUCUUCCUGACCCCCGUGGCUGACUACGCCGCGCCCGAGGGCUGCAGCUGCGUGGCGGGCGCGGGCGUCACGGCCGGCUGCGCCAACCACAAGAGCCUCUCGCCCCCGUGGUGCCUCGUGGCCUAUGGCUGCACAUCGGGCAUGGAGGGGGCCCAAGGCGCGUGGGCCUGGUGCGUCAAGGGCGAUGGCGCUCCGCAGGACAAGAAGCUUGGCGUGACGGCGCUCGUGCAGACGAACGACAGCCUGGGACGGAGUGUGCUGCUUCCCAUGGCCGCGCUGCUCGCCUACGGCCUGAUCUGA